CUUGGUUAAUGCUGACAAUAGGGUGGAAAUGGCGUCACGAUUCUUCGCAACGUUCUUGCUGAUGAUGGUCCUAUACGGAUUGUGUAUUAACGUGAAUGGGUGGAGAAGGAGGCGGCGUUCGUGUUCGCCUACUGACUGUAUUCUCAGUAGCUGGUCGUCGUGGUCGUCGUGUAGUUCAGAAUGUGGAACGAAUGGGUUGAAAACUCGUACCCGUACGCUAUAUUCUCACGCGACUUGUGGGGGAUCUUGUGGUUCACGAUCCGAAAGCGUGUCAUGUAACAACGAUGCAGCUAGUUGUCAUUUCCAUGGAUACCCAAGCGGUAGUCAGUGCAUCUGCUACGACGGAUUCCAUGGACUGUGUUGUGAAAAUGAAAAGACUGACAAUAACAUAAACAACAACUACAACUACAACAUGCGCAAUGCAGGCACCUUUGCUAAAAUGAUCAGUGGACUGGUCGGAGGGAUUUUUAUUAUGGGAUUGAUCAUAGUCUCCAUGAUGAAGAACUGAGAAUAGGGAACACCAUCUCGUUUAAUCAAUUUUCAAAGCGCAAACAUGUAAUCUGGUAUUAAUACUACAUUCGCUUAAUAGCAACAUUUUAUUAACAUUUCCCUUUUAUAUCUUUAUAUAUUUGCUGCGUUAGUGGUUAUUAUAUUAGUGAUACUUUUUAUUUUACGUUUAUAUUUGCAUCGUUCAUCAUUUCACACAUGUAUUUUUAUAUUGGUUCAAUGGCCAGAUCCAAGAUGGCCGAAUGAAGGUUACUGUAAUGUUGAUAAGCCUCAACUUAAACGAUUCUUGCAUUCCGGGCACGUAUAACGGUCAAACUUUGGCAAUUGUUUUUUAAACUGUGUACACAAAUUGAACAGGGAACCACAAUGUUUUUCACACCGUACUCCAAAUUGCUGGGUGACGACAUCUAAUUUUGACCUGGUUUUGUGUUUGUUAUUUUUUACUAACGUCGUAACAAUAGUCAUGCUUGCCUGCCAGCGAACAAUAACCCGGAUCCAUGAUAUAUAACAAUGAAGUAUAGGAAUAAACAAUAGUGCAUAUACCAACAUGUGA